AUGGCUGAUUUCCGUUUUGAGAACAAAGAUGAUUUAACAGAAACCAUUUCAAAUCUGGAAGAAUUCAAGAGAGAUGGCUUUGGCAAUUUACCGGGUGAGAAGGGAGGUGAUAUCACUUCCAAGACGAUUGACAAGAAUGCUUCCUUCGACUUUGGAUGGAAAUAUAAGAAAAAGAAGGUCCCACCCAACAGGAAGAAGAAGGUCACUUACAAAGACAGAGUUCGCACAUUACAUCUGCGAAGAAACAUAAACAACCUAGAUAGAAUACAUGAGGAAAAGAAAUUUUUCGUUAUGAAAACCAAGCAGGACCUAGAAGCAUGUUUGCAGCAAAUAGACUCAAUUCAGAAGCAGAAAAUCCAGGUGGAGGCUGAAAUAGAGAUGGAGAAAGAGGCCCACAACACUGCAGCUGUGUUUCGUCUACAAGCGAUGCACCAACGUCUGUGCACCGAACUGGAGCAUGAGAAAGACCUAGAGGAGAAAAUUUCCUCAAUUCUGAAAGACAAUGAGGAAAACAUGUGGCACAUUGAAAUCGAGGAGGGAAAAUUCAGCGCUCUCCGGGAGAAUCUUAAAGCAGAGGAAGAAAAAUUAGCACAACUUCUCCAAGAGCAGACGGAAGAGAGGCUUAUUCAGGCAAAGAUGGCGGCUAUCAGGAUAGAACACAAUAAAAACCUCCAACUCCAGAAAGCAAUAGAAAGGGAAAGGAACUACGAACUCCACCGUCAAAAAGUGAUCUCUGAGGCCAAGAAGAAUCAUAAGAUAGCAAUCCAGUUCCUAAGAACCACCUUGGCAAAGGUUCGCAAAAAAGAAGCCAAGGAGGAGAAGAAAUCACAAGAAUAUAUGAAGAGAAGAAUGGACGCUGUGAUAGCCCUGAAGAACAACAUUACCACAAAUCGGGAUACCCUCCAGAAACUUAGGGCCUGGGACCAAGCCAGGCUUCACUUGAUUAAAAAGAAGGAAGAGGCUGAGAAGGAGGUCAUAGCAGCCCUGGGAGGGGAUGCUAUCAAGCAGACUUUACACGAAAAGCGAAAUAUGGAAUUAGACAUCCGGAGACAACUCUUCGAAGAAGAGCAAAGAAUUCGAAAAUGUGAAAUUGUGAAUCGACUUCUGAAGGAAGAGGCUGAUGAUGAAAAAAGGAAACAGAGACAGUUGGACCUGGAAAAUGGGAAAAGAUGGCUAAUUAAAGCCAAGAAGCUCCCAAGCUUGAAGGAGAGAACUUGGCACCAUUUUAUGGACAUCUGUGAAGGACAAAGCCAGGAUCUUACCAGUGCUGCGGACAGUCACAGACAUGCUUCCAUAUCUGAACAGGAGUGUUGUUUGAGCGUUGGCUCCACUGAUGAAGAAUUGCUUAAUAGUCAGGAAGGAGAAACUCUAACAGAGCCAGAAAUUAUGGGGCUCUGGAGUGAAAAGUAUAAGCCCUACAAGGUGCCAAAAGAUGAGGUGGAACACAAGCCUGUGGGUGGGACCAAGAUGGAACAAGACAUCUUGGCGAACACACUGGAGAAACUCAGGAGCGGGAUGAUCCAUAAACAAGUAGUGUCUGGGCGUGAAUUUAAGGGCUGCCCCUUCUAUAGCAAGCCUGAUCUCAUUCACUUUAAGAACUUUGAUGUUGGUAAAACGUAUAAAAAAAAGAUGACAUUAAUCAACGCGUCUUACACUAUUAACUACUGCAAGCUGGUGGGAGUUGAGGAUCAUCUCAAGGACUUCAUUAUUAUCCACUUUGAUCCUCCAGGUCCAAUGUCAGCUGGAAUUUCAUGCGAGGUCCUCAUCACUUUUAAGCCGAUGAUAAAUAAAGAUCUUGAAGGCAACAUAACAUUUUUGGCUCAGACAGGUUCAUUUUCUAUCCCACUGAAAUGUACAACAAAGAAAUGUGUUCUGUCCCUGGAUAAAGAGCUCAUUGACUUUGGCACGUAUGUGGUAGGAGAGAUUGUUUCACGGACCGUCACCCUGGAAAACCAUGGAGCCCUGGGUACAAAAUUUCAUGUGCACACAGACGCUGAGAAAUCUGAUUUUGAAGCCAAAUCCUUCAUAACAGAUAGCACUUUAUAUUCAUUGGAUGACAAAGUUACAGAGGAGAAAAACACCCUCAACCUUUCGGAUACCCAGAGUGAGAUCUAUUGUCCUCCCACCCUAGAUACAAUUCCAUUCAUGAGCCCUAAAGUCUCAGACAGUCCCGUUGGAGAACCACGCCAAGAACAUGCCAUUGUUACAGUCGAAGAACCCACAUAUGAAGGAGUAGAAAUUAACUCUGUUGAAGACCAAACAGAAAUCAAACUGGGAGAGAUAACAACCAAUGAAAUUGGACCCUUCAGCUCCGUCAAAAUUCCCAUAAUCUUUGCUCCAAUAAUCCCAGGAUCUUCAGAAGCCAAGUUUCAGCUCAGCUUUAAGAAUCCUGAUUGCCCACCUUUAUGUUUCACAGCUGUGGGGCUUGCAAUUAUUGUGCCUGUCUGGGUUCCAAAGCCAAAUGUGGACCUGAACAUCUGUAUGUAUGAUCGAUUAUACCAACAUGCUGUCAUCAUUCAGACCAGGUCGAAAGCUGCCCUGCGCCUGAAAUUUGAAGUAUGUGAAAAAUUGAAAAAACACAUAGAACUCCUCCCAGAAACUGGUUACAUUCAAGCCCAGUCUUCAUAUAGCGUUCAGCUCAAGUUCUUGCCCAAACUCUCCCUCGCAGAAGAUGCAGGAGAAUAUUUUGACAAAGAGACAAGAGUCCUACAGGCCCCUAUGACAAUAAGAGUGGCUGAUCAGAAAAGGCCUGUGAAAUUCACCGUCCAUGCUGUCGUCACGACAUCGGAUUUGGACAUCGAACCCAAAGAAGUGGAUUUUGGAUACUGCACUAUCUACGAAGCUAUUUAUACAAAAAUUACUCUCAUUAAUAAAUCUCUCCUCCCUCAGGAGUUUGGAUUCAUCAGCACCCCGGAGUUUGUGGAAAUUCAGCCCAAUGAUGGCUUUGGAACCAUCCUGCCCUUACAGUCUUUGUUCCUUGAUGUCAUCUUUAAACCCAGCAAAGCAAAGGAAUAUAACUUCCAGCUGAUUUGCAUUUCUGAAAUUAACAGAGAAUUUAGGCUGUCAUGCAAAGCGAUUGGCGUCCACCCCCCUCUGGAGCUGUCUCACUACCGAAUCAAGUUUGCAGCCACAGCUUUAUUUGACACAUCAACGGUUACCCUCUAUGUGAUCAAUUCCCACACAAACAUGAACUCCCUGACUCAUGCAGUGCCCCGCAUUGGUACUGAAGAAAUCGCACCUGUGGGACCCACCUCUUUUGAAUUCCUUUUGCCCAGAGAUGCCCCAAUCAUGAUCAUACCUUCUGUGGGGACCGUGCUACCAGGAAAGAAAUGCAUGAUUGAAGUGAUUUUCCGACCAGUGCUGUCAGAGACAACAAUCAAAAAAGAAGUCGUGAAAAUGAGGAACAGAAAACUAGGAAUACAACAGCCUAAAAAGGAGUCACCCCCAAAGAAAGGGGGGAAAUUUAUGCCGGCUGCUCCCCUCAAGGCAGCUGUCAGGUGGCUGAAGCCCCGCUCUCCUCUCAAGAAGGAACGCCACAAACCAGCGAAAAUAACCACGGAUUCAGAAGAAUACCUGAUUGCAAAAGCCACCUUGACUAGAGAUUUCCAAAAACAGUUUCGUAAAUAUGUCAUACCAUGUGUCAUUGCCAGUGGAGACAUUAAAGACAAGAAAGAAAUGGUACCAAUGAAUUUCAGUCCUUAUAACACACUGUACCUGGAACUAUACUGUCCAACGGUGGCUCCCUCUAUCGUGGUUGCUUCAGACAAUGGGAAAACCGUGUUCAACUUUGGAGACAUUGCAGUCGGGCACAGGGGGAUCAAAAGGAUCACACUCCAGAAUGUCAGCUCAGAAUACCUGGAUCUGGAGUUUUCGAUACUGAAUCCCUAUGGCCCCUUUAUACUGCUAUGUCCUUGUCGUGGCCUUCAAUCUAAAGAAAGCGAAGUCGUUGCCGUAUCAUUCUCUCCCCGCGAGAGUAACACGUUCUUGGAAACCCUGGACAUCAUGUCAAAGAAAGGGACCCUCACCCUGACCAUGGUGGGCAAAGGUGUGGCAUCCACAAUUACCUGCUCCAUCGAAGGAGAUGUCCUGAAUAUGGGAUAUGUUAUUGUUGGAGAAACUGCCACAUCGACGUUUAAACUUCAGAAUAGCUCGACACUCCCAAUCAAAUAUUCCAUCUUUCUGGAGAGCCUCUCCCUGAUGAGAAAUAAGGAACAGCUGGAGAUGCCGGGUUUUGUCAAUAACUCAGAAAGAAGGACCAAUAUCAUUGGCACCCAGAACUACAACGGCCGUAGCGUGUUCAGCGUCUCCCCAGUAGAUGGAGUCAUUGAGCCAGGGAAGACUCAGGACUUCACUUUGACCUUCAGCCCGGACCAUGAGAGCCUCUACUUUUCCGACAGGAUGCAGGUGAUGCUGUUCAAUAAGAGAAUGUCCCAUCAGAUCCUCUUGAAAGGGGCCGCAAGAGAACACAUGAUGUUUGUGGAAGGAGGGGACCCUCUGGAUGUGACCGUAGAGUCCCUGGCUGUAAUCAAGUCUAUGACUGAGGAAGACCAAAAAGAAGAUGCAGAAGAGAUGAAGGCAAUUAUCCUGACUCUUGAGUACAUCCAGCUGGAUUCCGCAUCCACUCCUGCCACCCGUGAACUACAAGUAGGAUGUAUCCGAACCUCUCAGCCCACUCUGAAGAAGAGUAUUGACUUCAGCCUGGACAACAUCCACCUCCUUCAGCAUAAAGGCUUCACGGUGGAACCCUUCAGAGGAGCUGUGGAGCGUGGCCAGACCAAGACCAUCACUGUGUCCUGGGUGCCUACGGCUGAUUUCGAUCCUGAUCAACCACUUGUGGUCACCACCUUCCUGACACUCCGGGGAGAUGUGAAGGAGACCUAUAGGCUCGUCUUCAUCGCCCAUGUGGUAUCAGAGUGGAUUCUGGGCACUUCACCCAAAUAG